AGUUUAAAUCACAUGGUGGCUGCGGGCUUGAGCAGCAUUAAGGAUCUACCGGUAGUCACUGGGGCUUCUCUCUGGACAUCAGAGCUCCGGUGUUAGAGCUCGAAACUGACCUGGAGGAUGUUGGGCUCAAAGAACAUGCCCUGGCGGCGGCUGCAGGGCAUUUCCUUCGGAAUGUAUUCGGCCGAAGAGCUCAAGAAAUUAAGCGUUAAGUCCAUUACGAACCCUCGGUACCUGGACAGCCUGGGGAACCCAUCGGCGAACGGCCUGUACGAUUUAGCUCUGGGCCCUGCGGAUUCCAAAGAGGUGUGCUCCACCUGCGUGCAGGACUUCAACAACUGCUCCGGGCACCUGGGCCACAUCGAGCUGCCCCUCACCGUGUACAACCCUCUCCUCUUUGACAAACUCUACCUGCUGCUUCGAGGUUCCUGCUUAAACUGUCACAUGCUGACUUGCCCGCGGGCUGUGAUUCACCUCCUGCUCUGCCAGCUGAGAGUUCUGGAAGUCGGGGCGCUCCAAGCAGUGUACGAGCUCGAGCGGAUUCUGUACAGGUUUCUGGAGGAAAAUGCUAACCCUACCGCCUUCGAAAUUCAGGAAGAGUUAGAACAAUAUACAACCAAGAUUGUGCAGAACAACCUCCUGGGAUCCCACGGCGCCCACGUGAAAAACGUCUGUGAGAGCAGGAGCAAGCUCCUUGCUGUCUUCUGGAAGGCACACAUGACUGCUAAGCGAUGUCCCCACUGCAAAACCGGGCGGUCAGUUGUCCGAAAGGAGCACAACAGCAAACUGACGAUCACGUACCCGGCCGUGGUGCACCCGAGAGCCGACCAGAGGGACGCAGAGCCCCCGGGAAUUGAGGAAGCUCACUUGGGAAAACGAGGAUACCUGACACCCAGCAGCGCUCAAGAACAUCUCAUCGCCCUUUGGAAGAAUGAAGGAUUCUUUCUGAACUACCUCUUUUUGGGACUGGAAGAUGUUGCUGUGGAAUCCAGGUUCAACCCCAGUAUGUUCUUCCUGGAUUUCUUGGUGGUGCCACCGUCAAGGUAUCGCCCCGUCAGUCGCCUGGGGGACCAGAUGUUUACCAAUGGCCAGACGGUCAACUUGCAGGCUGUCAUGAAGGAUGUGGUUCUGAUCCGAAAGCUCCUGGCAUUGAUGGCCCAAGAACAGGAGCUGCCAUGUGAGGUGGCAGCACCUGCCACAGAUGAGGAAAAAGACUCUUCAGUUGCUAUGGACCGAUCAUUUUUGAGUCUGCUUCCAGGCCAGUCCCUCAUGGACAAACUUUACAACAUUUGGAUUCGCCUUCAGAGCCACGUCAAUAUUGUGUUUGAUAGCGAAAUGGACAAAUUAAUGAUGGAAAAGUACCCUGGCAUUAGACAGAUCCUGGAGAAGAAAGAUGGUUUAUUCCGAAAGCACAUGAUGGGAAAGCGAGUGGACUAUGCAGCGCGCUCGGUCAUCUGCCCAGACAUGUACAUCAACACCAACGAAAUUGGAAUUCCCAUGGUAUUUGCCACAAAACUGACCUAUCCUCAGCCAGUUACCCCGUGGAAUGUUCAGGAGCUGAGGCAAGCAGUCAUCAACGGCCCCAGUGUGCACCCAGGAGCCUCCAUGGUCAUCAACGAGGAUGGCAGCCGCACGGCCCUGAGCGCCGCGGACCCCACCCAGCGGGAAGCUGUGGCCAAGCAGCUCCUGACACCUGCCACCGGGGCACCUAAGCCCCAGGGGACAAAAAUUGUGUGCCGGCACGUGAAGAAUGGGGACAUCCUCCUCCUGAACCGACAGCCCACCCUGCACAGGCCCUCCAUCCAGGCGCACCGCGCCCGCAUCCUGCCGGAAGAGAAGGUUCUGCGGCUCCACUAUGCCAACUGCAAGGCCUACAACGCCGACUUUGAUGGGGACGAGAUGAACGCCCACUUCCCCCAGAGCGAACUGGGCCGAGCCGAGGCCUACGUCCUGGCCUGCACGGAUCAGCAGUACCUCGUUCCCAAGGAUGGCCAACCAUUGGCGGGGCUGAUCCAAGAUCACAUGGUUUCGGGUGCAAACAUGACCAUUCGAGGCUGCUUUUUCACCCGGGAGCAGUAUAUGGAGCUGGUGUACCGAGGACUCACAGACAAAGUGGGGCGCGUGAAGCUCUUUCCUCCUGCCAUCCUGAAGCCCUUCCCGCUGUGGACAGGAAAGCAGGUCGUGUCUACACUGCUCAUCAACGUGAUCCCGGAGGACCACGUCCCCCUGAACUUGUCGGGAAAGGCGAAGAUCAGCGGGAAGGCCUGGGUGAAGGAGUCUCCUCGGCCCGUUCCUGGCUUUAACCCCGACUCCAUGUGCGAGUCCCAGGUAGUCAUCAGGGACGGGGAGCUGCUCUGCGGGGUGCUGGACAAGGCACACUACGGGAGCUCGGCCUACGGCCUGGUCCACUGCUGCUACGAGAUCUACGGCGGGGAGACCAGUGGCAAGGUCCUCACCUGCCUGGCCCGCCUCUUCACCGCCUACCUGCAGCUCUACAGAGGCUUCACCUUGGGCGUGGAAGACAUUUUGGUGAAGCCGAAGGCGGACGUCAGGAGACACAGGAUCAUUGAAGAGUCCACCUGCUGUGGGCCCCGGGCUGUCAGGGCUGCGUUAAACCUGCCAGAAACUGCAUCAUGUGAUGAGGUCCGAGGGAAAUGGCAGGAUGCCCAUCUGGGCAAAGACCAGAGGGAUUUUAACAUGAUUGAUCUGAAGUUCAAGGAGGAAGUGAACCAUUACAGCAACGAAAUUAACAAGGUGUGCAUGCCUUUCGGCCUGCACAGACAGUUCCCAGAGAACAACUUGCAGAUGAUGGUGCAGUCCGGAGCCAAAGGUUCAACUGUGAACACCAUGCAGAUCUCGUGCCUGCUGGGCCAGAUUGAGUUGGAAGGUCGGAGACCCCCGCUGAUGGCGUCUGGCAAGUCGCUGCCCUGCUUCGAGCCCUAUGAAUUCACCCCCCGGGCCGGCGGCUUCGUCACCGGCAGAUUCCUCACGGGCAUCAAACCUCCUGUAUGUAUUCUGACUUUUCCUUUUGGCUCUUCUCCUCAAGGCAUCCAAGGACACUGGUCCCUGGGGAGCUCUGCCAUGCUGGAGAGCGCAAGGUCCGGCAGUAGUCCCAGCAGCUGGGGCCGGACGUGUAUCAUCAAGCACCUGGAGGGGCUGGUCGUCCAGUAUGACCUGACGGUCCGUGACAGCGACGGCAGCGUGGUGCAGUUCCUGUACGGGGAGGAUGGCCUGGACAUCCCCAAGACGCAGUUCCUGCAGCCCAGGCAGUUCCCCUUCCUCGCCAGCAACUAUGAGGUGAUAAUGAAAUCGAAGCAUCUCCAUGAAGUUUUAUCCAGAGCAGAUCCCCAGAAAGCCCUCCGCCACUUCAGAGCCAUCAAAAAAUGGCAAAGCAAGCAUUCCAACAGCCUGCUGCGAAGGGGUGCCUUCCUGAAUUAUUCCCAGAAAAUUCAGGCGGCUGUGAAAGCCUUGAACCUCGAGGGCGCAAGCCAGAACGGCCGCAGCCCCGAGACUUGCCAGAUGUUGAGGAUGUGGAGCGAGUUAGAUGAGCAAAGCCGAAGGAAAUACCAAAAGAGGGCAGCCCCUUGUCCUGACCCCAGUCUCUCCGUCUGGCGCCCAGACAUCUACUUCGCGUCAGUGUCAGAAACCUUUGAAAAGAAGGUGGAUGACUACAGUCACGAGUGGGCAGCUCAAGCAGAGAAGAGUUAUGAGAAGUCAGAGCUCUCUCUCGACAGGUUGAGGACCCUCCUGCAGCUGAAGUGGCAGCGCUCGCUGUGCGACCCGGGUGAGGCCGUGGGCCUGCUGGCCGCCCAGAGCAUUGGGGAGCCCUCCACACAGAUGACCCUGAACACCUUCCACUUUGCCGGCAGAGGCGAGAUGAACGUCACCCUGGGCAUUCCAAGGUUGAGGGAGAUUCUCAUGGUGGCCAGCGCCAACAUCAAGACGCCCAUGAUGAGCGUGCCUGUGCUCAACACCAAGAAAGCACUGAAGAAAGUGAAAAGCCUGAAGAAGCAGCUCACCAGGGUGUGCCUCGGGGAGGUAUUGGAGAAGAUUGAUGUCCAGGAGUCUUUCUCUAUGGGGGAGAAACAGAGCAAGUUCCGGGUGUACCAGCUGCGUUUCCAGUUCCUGCCGCAUGCGUAUUACCAGCAGGAGAAGUGCCUGAGACCCGAGGACAUCCUGCACUUCAUGGAAACAAGAUUCUUUAAAAUUUUGAUGGAAUCCAUCAGAAAGAAGAAUAAUAAGGCGUCAGCUUUCAGAAACGUAAACACGCGGAGAGCUACCCAGCGGGAUCUGGACGACGCUGGGGAGUUGGAGAGGAGUCGGGGAGAGCAGGAUGGGGGUGAGGAGGAGGAGGGACACAUUGUGGACGCCGAAGCUGAGGAGGGAGACGCGGAUGCCUCGGACGCCAAACGCAAGGAGAAGCAAGAGGAGGAGGUAGGGGACUGUGGCGACUACCAGUACGACACCGAGGACAGCCUGUGGUGCCAGGUGACAGUGCAGCUUCCUCUCAUGAAGGUCAACUUUGACAUGAGCUCCCUGGUAGUGUCCUUGGCUCAGGACGCCGUCAUCUAUGCAACCAAGGGCAUCACGAGAUGCCUCCUGAAUGAAACCACCAACAGCAAGAACGAGAAGGAGCUUGUCUUGAACACAGAGGGCAUCAACCUGCAGGAGCUGUUCAAGUACGCCGAGGUGCUGGAUUUGCGCCGCCUCUAUUCCAACGACAUCCACGCAAUGGCCAGCACGUACGGCAUCGAGGCCGCGCUGCGGGUGAUCGAGAAGGAGAUCAAGGACGUGUUCGCCGUGUACGGCAUCGCCGUCAACCCCCGCCACCUCUCCCUGGUCGCUGACUACAUGUGCUUCGAGGGUGUUUACAAGCCACUGAAUCGCUUUGGGAUCCGGUCGAACUCGUCCCCUCUGCAGCAGAUGACGUUUGAAACCAGCUUCCAGUUUCUGAAGCAGGCCACCAUGAUGGGAUCCCACGACGAGCUGAGGUCCCCAUCAGCCUGCCUCGUGGUCGGGAAAGUCGUCAAGGGCGGGACGGGCCUGUUCGAGCUCAAGCAGCCCCUGAGAUAGUGGCCCCCGCGCGCCGUGCACCUGGCCUGCCUGUCACCUGAGAACCCGGAGGCGGGAGAGACCAGAAUCCCUGGCAGUCCCUGGCGAGGGUGCAGAGCACAGUGGUGACCCUGGGGUCCAAGAAGCAGCUGGACCAGCCUCGCUUGGGAAGUGGCUGUGUUGCUCGCCUUGCCUGUCCAGCUCAGGAUGUCAACAGGGGUCACCAGGCCCCCCACCAGGUCCCUUGAGCCCCUCUGAGGUGGCCGGACCUCCCCCUGGGCUGCAGGGAGCCUCGGAGGUGACGUCCCUGGCCCCUCCAGGGUAGGGAGGUGAGGUCUCCUUGCUGCGAGCAGCCGGUG